UGUUUCGCAACUUUUUUAUUAAAUAAUCUCUAUUAACUAUGUCGUCAUCAGUAAUACCAUCAUUAGAACCAAAGUUUUUCUUUGGCCUUACAACUGGGUUAAAUGGAAACUGCUUUUUCAUAAACAAUGAUGAAAUAAUUUACCCAGUGUCUGGAGUUCUUGUAAUUUAUAACAUAAUUCUGCAUACUCAAAAAUACAUACAUCUUAUCGAUACUCAAAAAACUAUCACGGCUAUGACACUCAGUAAUAACAAGAAAACACUAGCAAUUGCAAAGAAAAGCGAGAAGCCUACAAUCAGUAUUUACGAUUUAAACACAAUGAAACGUGUGCGACUAUUUACUUCGCCUAUUGAAUUGAAAGCUAAUAGUUUUAUGGUUUUACAAUUUUCAUACGAUGAUAUAUACUUAGCCGUUUUAAGCAAUGAACCUGAUUUCAUAAUGUAUUAUUAUAAUUGGGAAAAUUCAAAAAUUGAUAGCUAUGUAAAAGCUAUUAGUCCUCCAAAUGUCGUUGGACCCGUGACUGAUAUGUCAUUAAAUCCAACUGAUAAUACGAUAUCAUGUUUUGUUGGCAAAGGCUUAUUUCGACUAAUGACUAUUACUGAUUCAGUUUGGCGGCAGUACGGAUUCCAAAAAGCUGAAAAUUUGGACUUAACAUCUGUAUGUUGGUUGAAUGGUGAUAGAAUUUUAGCAGGUACUGUUGAUGGUCGAAUAAUAUUAAUUGAAAAUGGAGAUCUUAUUGCAAUUUAUAAUGCUAAAACUACAACUACUUUGGAUCCUAAACUUAAAUUAAAAAAUCCUUUGGAUGUUAUUCCAUUAAAUAGAAAAAAUGGGGAGCUGACUGAUAUUAGAUGUUGUAUAUCUUUUAAAAAGGGCCUAGUAUUCGUAAUAGGUGAUUCCACUGUAUAUUGUUUUGAAAAAACAAACGACCAAAAGUAUUUAAAGUAUAAUGAGUUAGAAAAAAAUGUUGAUAAAAACCUUAGUACAUUAAAUAGUGAUCGACCGUUGAAUUUUAUUAAAAUGUUAGCUGUAAGCCCUAACUAUGAAAAAAUUAUUUGUGUGACCAAAAGAACCCAAUUAUUUUGGUCAUCUUUAAUGAAAACUCAUGAUAAAUCAUUUGUAGUAUCAAGAAACUUCAAACCUUUAGGCGAAGACUUGCAUCAUGGGGGUAUUGCCAGCUUAUCAACUUGUAUAUGGAAACCUAUAUUCAUUACUUGUGGAAAAACUGAUCAUACCAUUAGAAUAUGGAAUUAUUUGAACUAUUCAUUAAUACUAUGUCAGCAAUAUCAAGAAGAUAUAUUUAGUGUCUCCUUGCAUCCAUCUGGUUUAUAUUCUAUUGCUGCAUUCACAGGAAAAGUUGAGUUUCAACUAGUUUACACUGAAGGACUUAAGAGAUGGCGAGAAUUUUCUAUAACAAGUUGUAAUUUAACUGAAUUCAGCAUGUCCGGCCACAUGUUUGCAUUGGCAAAUCAAUUUGAUGUCGAUGUUUAUUGUUCCGUGACCUUCGAAAAACGUUUUACUUUCAAAGCACAUUCUCAAAAAAUUACAAGGAUUGUUUGGGAUAUCAAUGAUUUUAAAUUAUUAACGUGUGGUGAAGACGGUGGUAUUUAUGAAUUUAAUACAAAAACUGGAGAAAGAGACAUGGAUAUUGUACAUCCUAAUACAAUUUAUAUGGAUUUAGCUAUUUCAAAAGAUACCAGCACAAUUUAUCCAGCGUCUCAAGAUGGUCGAUUUAUAGAAAUACACAAUCAAUCAAUUACGCGGGAUAUUGAUCUAUUUAAAGGCGCUUUGGAUGCUAUAACAUUAUCUAAAUCAGACUUAAUGCUAUUUGUAGCUGUCAACAAUGGUAUUAUAUUGUCUCUAAUGUUACCUAUAAUGGCUGAUAUAAAGUAUAAUCAAUUUAGCAUGCAUAACAAAAAAGUUACAAUGAUGAAACUAACAAUAGAUGACUCUCAAUUAAUAACUUGUUCAGAAGAUGGUAGUAUUUGUAUAUGGGAGGUAAAAAACGCCGAAGAAAAGCUGAUAUCGAUUAAUGAUCAGUUUACUUAUUCUAAUGAUAUUUUAGUAAAUUCUUUAGAUUUAAUAAAUAAAAUUGAAACUAUAAAAGAACUAAAAAUGCGAGUACACGAGUUAGAAACUGAAAAUAAAUAUCAAUUGUCUGAAUUAUUAAAAAACAGUUGUGAAAAACUAAAAGAAUUAAAUUCUACUUAUUCAAGUCGUACAACAGAACUGGAAAAUAAAAAUUCAGAAUUAGUUAAAAAACACUUGGCAGAUAAAAGCCGUUUAGAAAUGGAAAUAAAUCGCUUAAAAGAAUUGCAUAAUUUAAAUAUAGAAAAACUAGAAUCUACUUAUAAUGAAAAGCUUUUAUAUGAAUAUAAUAAGUAUGAUGAACUUCAAAAACAAGUACUUGAUAAUAGUUUGGAGCUAGAAAAAGGUUUGUCUAAAUUAGAAAUUGAAAAAGAAAAAUUGCUUAAACAAAUGGAAUAUCAAUUAUCAUCAAAACUUAAAGAAAAAGAUGAUGAUAUUUCAAAAUUGAAGGAACAAUUAUCUAUAGAAAAAGAAAAUACGAAACAGCAUAUAAAUAAAAUUGAAAAUGAUACAGAACAAUUAGUUUUGAAACAAAGCAAAGAUUAUAAUAUCAAACUUAAAGAGUUAAAAAAAAUUAAUUUAAGUCUAAAAAGUGAGCUCGGAUCAUAUAAAAUGAAAAUAAAAGCUAUAUCUGAAGAAACAGACAAUUUAAAAUAUAUGAUUGGAAAAUAUGAAGAAGAUAUCGAAAAAUUAAAAUUAACUGUGCAAAUUCGAGAAAAAACUGUAUUAGAUCUUAAUAACUUAAUACACGAGCGUGAUGCUAUUAUCGUACAUAAAGAAUAUGUAAUAUGUGAAGAAAAAUUUAAAAACAAAGAAUUGGAAAAACAAAUUUUAUUGCGGGAUGAAAAUAUUCUCGUUUUGGAACAAACCAAUGAACCUUUAGUACUAGAAAUACAAGAAAAGAAAAGUAAAAUUGUUGAAGUUGAAAAUAAAUUGAAAAAAAUUAUAAGAAAUAAUAAUUCUAUGGGGUUAAAUAUUGCAGAAAAAAAUGCAAAACUAAAAGCAAAUAAAAAUAAAAUGAGAAAAAAUGAACAAACUAUUCGAAAAUUGAAUAAUUCAAUUAAAAAUAUGUUAUUUGAUAUAUACAACUUAAAAUUUAUACAUGAUCCAAGAGGAUUAAAAGCUGCAACAAUUAAAUUAUUACAGAAAUAUGAUACUGAAAAUCAAUUGAAUCAUACUUGGAUGAAGUAAUGAAGCACAAAUUUAGUUUUUAGGUCAAAGAGAAAAAUCAAACCAUAAUUAUAAAAAAUUCACGAUUAACUAAUAAAACAUAAUAAUCUUCUUUUAAACUAUAUUAAUAAAUUAAGAAAACAGUGAUUUAACCAAGAAUUGAAAUUUUAUAUUAAUGAAUAACUAAUUACAAAUCAAUAAUCUUUCUUAAAAUACAAAUUUCUUGUGGAUAUUAUUAUCUAUUUUUUCAAGCCCCAACUAGUUUACAAUCAUCUUUUUUUUCUUAAAACUAUAGUUACCAUUAGAAAAUUUCAGCAUUAUUUGAACAGAUAAAUCGAUUUUUUUUUUUU